GUGAUGGGGAGGUGCUGGCGGUGCUGGACCUGCGGAACGACCCCUCCCUCAUCGAGGCCGGCAUGGCGCGCGAGCUGCGGCUCCGGAAGAAGGCCGGCCUCACCGUGACGGAUGCAGUCGAGCUGUACUACGAGCAGCUUCCCUCCCCCCCCUCGGCAGCUUCCCUCGCGGGUGACACGGCGGCCGACGGCGGGCAGGGCGCGGCGGCGGCGGAGGCGACGGAGGCGGUGACGGUGGCGGGGCUCGUGGAGCGGCAGGGGGGGUACCUGCGGGAGAGCCUCGGCCUGCUGCCGCUGCCGCUGACCGAGAAGCCGCCGGGAAGCCACGUGCUGGCGCGGGAGGAGACCAACAUCGGAGGGAACGGGGGCGCGGCGUUUGCCGCGGUGCUGGCCGCGCCGAAGGGCAGCGCGACGGCGGUGGCGGCGGCGGCGGGGAGGGUGGGGCUACUGUCAGUGAGCUGA